CUCAUAACUCGUGUAAAGGACAUGCAAAAGAUGAAUGUUUGCCCUGACUGAAACAGCAGUGUCAGCGCCGCAUUGUUGACUGUUCAUCGUGAAAACAACAGUCUGCUAAGCAGGAUGUUUAACAGGAGUAAUGAUAAAGUCAGAUAUAUACUGAGCCUUGUCCCGGGCAAACAGCGUCUGGGGACGUACAGGUUUCUGCCCAUUUUCUUCUGCAUCGGAGGCGUCAUGGAGUGGAUCAUGAUCAACGUGAGGAUAGGAAAAGAGACUUUCUAUGAUGUCUACCGAAGAAAACGAUCAGAGCGGGAGUACCAGCAGAAGAUAGCAGAUGGUUUGAUAGUCCUCAAUGAGCCUGCGGCCAAGUGAACGGUGGUCGGGUUUAAUGUGGACUUCACAUGUGUCGUCUGAGGACACAUUCUUGGACUCUCGCUCCCUUAUUUGUUUUCAAAAGGCUGGAAUGGACUUCAUAGCAUGUUACUGGGUUACAGCGACCGUACCACAGUUAUGAAGGAGUCAGGAGUGAAAGGCUGAUGGAAAACAUGCAAGUUUUAUUGUUACAGGUUAAAAAAACAGAAAUAAUGAAUGAAAAAAUCUUAUCAAUGGUCUUAUAUUGACAUGACAACGAGCCUAUGUCGAUGUGUUGUGUUAAAAACAUUGAAUAGCACCUGCAAGACACAAAAGUCUCAACUAAAUAGUAACAAAAGUAAAAAUACAGAAAUUGUCUUUAUAUUUAUGGUACACAGAUGUUUUUAUUACUGGCAAGUAGCUGUUCUGUUAUUAUACAUUUUCCGUCUAAUCAUAAAACUGUUAAGAGGUCUUGAACUGUACAGUAGAUUUGAGUAUAUUAAAUGUAAUUUAAGAACCGCA